AUUCCAUUUUGAGCUAAAAUUACAAAAUCAAUUUGAGCCUCUCUACCCCGCUGCCACCGUCGUCAUCACAUGUUACUUAAGAAUUAGUAGGCUGUCUCUCGAUUUCCGAGCUCAAUUCUGCAACAAUGGCGAUCUCAACCUCACUAUUCUCUUUUCCUCUAGCUCCCAAGCUUCGUAAUCCCUCAUUGCCUCUCUUUUCCGCUACUACUUCCCUCUCCACCAGGAGAUUUCACCUCUUCUUAUCUUCUUCCUCUAAAGUUUCCACCAUUUUCGAUACAGUCACUGUGGGGGAGGAUUUUCCGACCCAAUAUGGAGAAUGGUUUCCAGAAUCGGAUCCUGACAUUCGGCGAAGGGCUGGUGUUCUGCUUCAUCCUACGUCGUUUCGAGGCCCUUAUGGCAUUGGUGAUCUUGGUGAUGAAGCUUUUCGAUUUGUUGACUGGCUUCAUGAGGCGGGUUUCUCUGUUUGGCAGGUUCUUCCUCUUGUCCCUCCAGGAAGGAAAGCCAACGAAGAGGGAUCACCCUACUCAGGCCAGGAUGCAAAUUGUGGCAACACUCUCUUGAUCUCUCUUGAUGAGCUUGUCAAAGAUGGUUUGCUCACAAAAGAUGAGUUGCCAGAACCAGUCGACCAUGACCAUGUAGUCUUCUCCACUGUUGCUGAUAUAAAGGAUCCCUUGAUAGCAAAGGCUGCAGAAAGGUUAAUUCAAAGUGAUGGUGAUCUUAAAAGACAGCUUGAAGAAUUUUGUAAAGACCCUGAAAUAUCAAGCUGGCUUGAAGAUGCAGCUUAUUUUGCUGCUAUUGAUAACAGACUAAAUUCUUUCAGUUGGUAUGAAUGGCCAGAACCUCUAAAAAAUCGGCAUCUUUCAGCUUUAGUAGAGGUUUUCCAAACGGAAAGAGAUUUUAUAAAUAUAUUCAUUGCUCAACAGUUUUUAUUCCAGAGACAAUGGCAAAGAGUUCGCAGCUACGCAAAUAUGAAGGGUAUUACUAUAAUGGGGGACAUGCCUAUAUACGUUGGCUAUCAGAGUGCAGAUGUUUGGGCUAAUAAGAAGCAAUUUUUGCUGAACAAGAAAGGAUUUCCCUUGUUAGUGAGUGGUGUGCCUCCAGAUGCAUUUAGUGAAACUGGUCAACUAUGGGGAAGUCCUCUAUAUGAUUGGAAAGCCAUGGAGAAAGAUGGUUUUUCUUGGUGGAUUCGGCGCAUUAAACGUGCACAGAAUCUAUAUGAUGAUUUCCGGAUUGAUCAUUUUAGAGGAUUUGCGGGUUACUGGGCAGUUCCUUCUGAGGCAAAAAUUGCUACAGUUGGACGGUGGAAGGCAGGGCCUGGAAAAUCUUUAUUUGAUGCCAUAUCCAGAGCUGUUGGAAAGAUCAACAUAAUUGCAGAAGAUUUGGGAGUUAUUACUGAAGACGUGGUUCAACUCAGAAAAUAUAUAGGGGCACCUGGAAUGGCUGUUCUCCAAUUUGGUUUUGGAAGUGAUUCUGCUAAUCCGCAUUUGCCCCACAAUCAUGAACCUAACCAAGUUGUCUACACGGGAACUCAUGAUAAUGACACAAUGCGUGGCUGGUGGGACAAUUUGAAUGAAGGAGAAAAGUCCAAUGUACUGAAGUAUCUUUCAGUUAGUGAGAAAGACGAUAUCCCUUGGGUUCUCAUCCGGGCAGCAUUGUCUUCUGUGGCACAAACUGCCAUAAUACCUUUGCAAGAUGUUCUUCGAUUAGGGAAUUCUGCAAGGAUGAACACUCCAGCAACACAGUUUGGAAACUGGAAAUGGAGAAUACCUAAUUCCUUAAGCUUUGAGAGUUUGGAUACAGAAGCAAGUAAAUUGAAGGAUAUGAUUUCAUUGUAUGGGCGGCUGUAAGCCAAAAAUGCUGGCUUUGCGUAAUCACAAAUUGUUGUUUUAUAUUAGUAGUUUCAUGAAGUAAAUAGAUUAUCAAAUGUAAUAAAUGUGAUUGUGCAACUCAUUGGAGAAGUUUAGUUGAAGCAAUAAAAAAAAACUCAAAAUUUCUUCAGUUA